AUGUCUUACACACAAAUCCCACAAAGCCCCCCAGCUUAUGGUGAAACAGAUGCUCCCAGAACUAGUGGAGACAACAUUCCUGAUGAUUUCAAAUACUCUGCCAAUGUCGCUUCUUGCGAAUUGCCUAUUCGACAGAUGUUUCUUCGAAAAGUGUAUGCGCUACUCUCGAUUCAGGUACUUUUGACUGUGAUUGUCGGGUAUGUGAUUCGCCUGAACUCUGCUAUUCAGAAUUGGUGUAUGAACAACAUGUGGUUGUACAUUGUAUCGAUUGUGGGUGUUUUCGGUUUUAUGAUUGCUACCUACUGGAAAGCUCGUUCCUAUCCCACCAACCUUAUCUUGUUGACAGGCUUCACUGUAUGUGAAGCCUACGGUCUAGGUCUCGCCUGUUCUUUUGUUAAGUCAGGUAUUUUAUCUCAGGCUCUUCUAAUCACAUUCGCCAUUUUUAUGGGUCUUACCCUAUUUGCCUUCCAAACUAAGUAUGAUUUCACAAGCUGGCAAGGUGUUUUAGGAAUGGCAUUGUGGGCUCUUAUUGCAUGGGGGUUUAUACUGAUGUUUUUCCCUAUCGAGACAAAAGGCGUUGCAAUGGUCUAUUCAGGAAUCGGCGCCAUUGUGUUUUCCGGCUAUGUUGUCGUUGAUACACAAAUAAUUAUGAAGACUGCCACUUUAGAUGACGAAAUUGUCGCUUCUGUGACGUUAUACCUCGAUAUCAUCAAUCUCUUCUUGUUUGUUCUCCGUUUCUUGCAAAGCAGAGAUGACUAA